CCCGCCCGCUAGUAACUAGUCCCUUUCACCUUUUUCCCCUCCCCCGGCUCGUGUUCUUGCUGCGCGCUUGUCCGCCUUUGCUUGUUCCUUGCGCUCUCCUCCUCUCCUCCCCUCUCUCUUCUUCCCCCCGUCCUGUGAGCAGGCAGUGAGCUGGCCGGGCAUCGGGCAAUGCCGCUUUUCCGAUCCCACCUGCGCCGCGCUGUCCUACUGACCUAAAGCGGAGUAAUAGAGAGGUAGAGGAGGAGGAGGAGAGAGAGAGAGAGACCUAGAGCUGAGUUGUGUUCUUCUCUCUCACGGGGAGCGAGCGUGGGUGUGUCCUUGUUGUGCGUUCGCUCUUGUGAUGCGCGGCAUUCUCCGUGCACCCGUUUAAUUCCGCCCAGCUGUCUCUCCAAUGCCAAGUGUUGAUCUCUCAGACCUGCACAUGGUGGUAGCCCCAAAGAGGGAGAAAGCAGAAGAACCACUUUUGAUCUUUUGAGUGGUUCAUGGUUAUGGAUCGAGCUGGUUGGCUCUGGAGGCGCAAGUCAUCGGAUAAGAGCCCCGGGGGUAGUGACAGCUCUCUGUCUGUGUCGUCACAUUCCGAGCAGUGCUCUGAUGAUCAGGGUCAAUCUCAAUCCCCUGAAGCCUCUUCAAGAAGUAAGUAUGAUUACAGCCAAGAAACUGGAGCAGCAAGAUCCUUGGAUGGCAAGCUAGCAGCAGGGGUCAGUUUGAACAAUUUUAAUCCAGAGCAUGGUCAAUCAUUAGAACAACAUGUAUCCUCCAAUGUUAGAGAUGAAGAGAUCAAGGAGACCUUCGAGAGUUUGAACUACAAACUUUCUGCUACACUUUCGACCAUCAGAGCAAAAGAGGACUUGGUGAAGCAGCAUGCCAAAGUCACAGAAGAGGCUGUUGCAGGUUGGGAACAAGCUGAAGCUGAAGUUACUACUCUGAAGGGGCUACUUGAAGCUUCUUGUCAGAAGAAUGUUUCUCUCCAGGAUCAAGUCAGCCACCUAGAUGAGGCCCUCAAGGAAUGUGUCAGGCAACUGCGGCUGGCAAGGGAAGAACAAGAGGACAAAAUCCGUGAAAUAGUUUCGAAAUCUCUGGUGCCACAGUCUGAAAACCCUGAGCUCCAAAACCAUAUCGCAGAGCUAAAAAAACGCCUGGAAGUGACCAGAUUAGAAGCGUCAUCUUCCAUGCUAUUACAGCAUGAUCUACAGGAAAGGCUUCAGGCAGUUGAGAGAGAAAACUUGGACCUUAAAGCCAAGCUUCAGGCAACUGAGAAAGAGAAUACAGAUCUCAAGGCCAAACUUCUUGUACAGUCCAAGGAUCUGAAGAUACUAAUGUUGGAAAGGGAUCUGAGCAACCAAGCAGCGGAGACAGCAAGUAAACAACACUUGGAAAGUGUUAAAAAGAUUGCCAGGGUUGAGGCAGAAUGCCGUAGGCUACAGCAUCUAACGCGGAAAACAACACUUAUCAAUAAUUCUAGGUCUACACAAAACAAUUGCUGCAUGGAAUCACUGACUGACAGCCAGUCCGACCAUGGGGAGCAUAUGGUGGGUGUUGAUAAUGAUCUGCAAAAUUCCGACUCAUGGGCAUCGGCUUUGAUUGCUGAGCUUGAUCAGUUCAAGAAUGGCAAGGAUGGUUCAAGAAAUAUUGUGAACAAUGCUGUUGAGAUUGACAUAAUGGAUGAUUUCCUUGAGAUGGAAAGGUUAGCUGCAUUGCCUGAAUCAGACGGCACAAGCUCUAACUUUGAAACAGAUUCUGACAAGGCUGUCACAAGGAAUUGCAAAACUGAAGAAUUGCAAAACAAGGUUGCAGAUUUGCAGGAAAAGUUUGAAGCAAUUGCAAGCGAGAAAAGGGAGCUUGAGAUGGCACUUAUGGAAGUUAGAAAUCAGCUUGACAUUUCCUGCGAUGCCCUAGUGGCGGCAAAGAACAGGCUGGUCGAAAUGCAGAUGCAGUUGGAAUCAGCAAAUGAUUCCAAACUUUCUGCUUUGGAAGAUGUGGAGCGUUUGGACUCUGAGAAGAAGGCUUUGGAGUUGCAGUUGGAGUCCAAAUCUGUAGAAGUUGAGGAACUACUUAUGGCUGUAGCUUCAUUGGAGGAAAAUGCAGAGCAGAAAGAGUUGGAGUCACAGUUAGAACUGAUGUCAGCACAAGCUACAGAGCUUCACCUGACUGUGGCAUCACUGGAAGAGAGAGUUCAGGCUGAGAGAGAUCUUUCUGUGCAGCAGAAAGAAAAUGCAGAAGCCAUGUUGAAUGCUAAAGAAGAACUAGAAGCACAGCUGUGUUCAGCAAACACCGAAAUGGGGAAACUGCAUGACAUUGUCAAAGCACUAGAGAAUGAAGUAAAAAAGGAGAAGGCACUGCGUGAAGAAUUAACAGCACAGAUUCAGAUAAAGGUUGAAGCAGCUGUUGAUGCAGUUAAAAAAUCAUUGGAGGCACAGCUGUGUUCAGCAAAUACUGAAGCAGGGAAGCUUAGAGAUGUUGUGAAAGCACUCGAGGAUGAGGUAGAAAAAGAGAAGGCAUUGCAUGAAGAGCUUGCAGCAAACAUAGAAGUGAAAACUAAAGCAGCAAGAACUGCUGAGGCUGUUAAAGAAUCCUUGGAGGCACAGCUGUCUUCAGCAAAUGCUGAAAUACAGAAACUGGAAGAGAUCACAAAACAACUACAGAGUGAGUUAGAAAAGGAGAAGGCACUUCAUGAGGAAUUCUCAGCACAGUUAGAGAUGAAAAUUGAAGCAGAGAGAGCUCGUUCUAUGGAGUCUGCUAAAGAAUCGUUAGAGGAACAACUCCAGUUAGUGAACUCGGAAGCUGCAAAACUGCGUGACAUAGUGACUGCACUUGAGCACGAUGUGGAAAAGGAGAAGGUAUUUUCUGCAGAGCUCCAGAUGCAGCUAGAAGCUCUAGAGGCUAUAAAGAAGGUGUUGGAGUCGGAAGCUGAGUCAGCACAUCAGGAUGCCAAAAUUCUCAGCCAGAAGGUGGAGUCAUUGGAAGCAAAACUCAAGGAGCAGAUGUCGUUAACCGACGAAUUCACUGCCAAUGUAGAGACUUUGCAGUCAGAUAGGAUGGCUAUGGAGCAUAAACUUAAAACAGCAGACAGGGAACUCAUAAAAUUGACAAACAAGGUGAGCAUGCUCCAUAGGGAGAUCGAGCAGGAGAGAUUACUGUCAGAAGAGUAUGAACAGAAAUGCCGAAAGCUGGAGGCUCAGUUAUCAAGAGAUAGCCGGGAUGCAAAGCUCUGGCGGCUCGCAAACUCGAAUGGAGAUCUGAAGGUUAAGAAGGAGAAGGAGCUCGCUAACGCAGCUGGGAAGCUCGCAGAGUGCCAGAAGACAAUUGCUUCUCUGGAGCGUCAAAUCAAAUCACUGACAGACCUCGACAGUGUGGUGCUGGAGCCUGAAAGGCUUGAAUCCAGCAGGGACAUGCCAUUGCCGCUGGACUUCAGAAACAAUGAUGCUGAAUUUGCUAUGUUUACGGAUGACUUGUACGACUUUGACCUUCCAAACAACAACGCGAGCUUCUUUUCUCCACUCCCGUCGAUCCAGUCCUCGUCCCCACCCUCGGAGAUGUCAGUAUUCGCAGGAGGGCUCUCGACUCUUAGCAGUUACAGGAGCAAAAGAGCAAGCAGAAGGUGAUGAAAAAAAAGGCUGCUCAGAUGCCAUACUAACAAACAGUUCAUGGAUGCCGCCAUAUGUAGGUAGGUCGAUGUACAUUACAGAAACUGAUUGCUAGAUUUGUGUGAUGAACAUCCAUUCCAGCAAGCGCAGUUUUUUAUAGCCUGCUUGAUGAGGUCUUGUGUCGGUGACGGUUAGUGUGUGCUGCAAAAUGUAAAAUCGGUUAUCUGUGUGUGAUUCCAGUUAC